AACGAUCAAGAGUUAUCCGCGAAACAACCAAAGAGAAGUGCAGUGAACGAAACCAAAUUUAUACCAAAAGAGGGAACAUAGUGCGGGUUAAGGGAAAGAAAAGUUGACGUUUUACGAAAUGACGCAGCGAGAGUGUCGCUCGUGGUUCGCUUGAAAGCAUCUCCAAAGUGAAGAUUCGUGACGGAGGCAAUAAAAGCGACUAGUCGAACCAGGAAUAUCAAGGCGAGCAAAAUGAUGAAGAAAGAGAAACCAAUGAUGUCGGUCACCGCCAUCAUCCAAGGGACUCAGGCCCAACAUUGGUCGCGUGGCAACACUUGGUUGAGUCUGGACAACAGCAAUAUGUCGAUGUCUUCGGUGGGCCCACAGAGUCCUCUCGACAUGAAGCCCGAUACAGCGACCCUUAUCAAUCCAGGAAACUUCAGUCCUUCCGGCCCCAAUAGUCCCGGAUCCUUCAACGCUGGUUGUCACAGCAACCUCCUGAGCACGUCGCCGAGUGGCCAGAACAAAGCAGUGGCACCUUACCCGCCGAACCACCCUCUUUCCGGCAGCAAACACCUUUGCUCGAUCUGCGGGGACCGUGCCAGCGGCAAACAUUACGGCGUCUAUAGUUGCGAAGGCUGCAAAGGAUUCUUCAAGAGGACCGUCCGCAAGGACCUGUCGUACGCGUGUCGCGAGGAAAAGUCCUGCAUCAUCGACAAGAGGCAAAGAAAUCGGUGCCAGUAUUGCAGAUACCAGAAAUGCCUGGCCAUGGGUAUGAAAAGGGAGGCUGUCCAGGAGGAACGACAGCGCACCAAGGAGAGGGAUCAGAGCGAGGUGGAGAGUACGAGCAGUUUGCAUUCGGACAUGCCCAUCGAACGUAUCUUGGAGGCUGAGAAACGAGUCGAAUGCAAGCUGGAACAGCAAGGAAAUUACGAGAACGCAGUGUCGCACAUUUGCAACGCCACGAACAAACAGCUGUUCCAGCUGGUGGCAUGGGCAAAACACAUCCCACAUUUUACGUCGUUGCCACUGGAGGAUCAGGUACUUCUGCUCAGGGCUGGAUGGAACGAGCUGUUGAUAGCCUCGUUUUCCCAUCGUUCCAUCGACGUGAAGGACGGUAUCGUCUUGGCGACAGGAAUCACUGUUCAUCGAAAUUCGGCGCAACAGGCUGGCGUGGGUACGAUAUUCGACAGGGUGCUUUCAGAGCUAGUGUCAAAAAUGCGCGAAAUGAAAAUGGACAGGACUGAGCUUGGCUGUCUGAGGUCUAUAAUUCUGUUCAAUCCCGAGGUUCGAGGACUGAAGUCCAUCCAAGAGGUGACUAUGCUACGCGAGAAAAUCUACGCAGCCUUGGAAGGAUACUGUCGCGUGGCAUGGCCAGACGACGCGGGUCGAUUUGCAAAAUUAUUGUUGCGUUUGCCCGCUAUCCGGUCGAUUGGAUUGAAAUGUUUGGAGCACCUGUUCUUCUUCAAGAUGAUCGGCGACGUGCCGAUCGACGAUUUCCUCGUGGAGAUGUUGGAAUCGCGAUCAGACCCUUAGGAGCAAAAGGUGUGCCACGUUCUGGGGCACACCGAUCUCUGAGAGAACAACAAUAUCUAUCCAUAAAAGAAAAAAAAAUGAGAAAAGAAAAAACGACAAAAAUACAAUAUUCAAGAUACACGUAAACUAAACGAUCCUUGCCGACACUGGACGCCUCUAGAAAAGGUAUUUCUCACGUCGAGCAGCAGCGAGAUAAAAUUUACUUAUUUUCCCUUCUUAUCUUUUUAUUUAUGACUUUGUUAACGCUUCGUGUCCGACGUAAAGAGGCGGUCUCUUGUUCGAUUCGUAUCGAGAGCAUGACGGAAAACGCAAGCAACGAUGUACUCGGAUCGAGAAAACGGUGGCGUUGCAACGAGAGUGCAGAACAUUCGUCGAUUUAACUGAAACUUUGUACACGGGUAGAUUUCCACGCCAUUACAAGGCCAGGAUCUAAAUAUUUUUUUAAUCACUCGUAUUUAAAGUUUUGCAAUAUUGUUAAGAACAUUGAACCCAAGGUACUAUGACGCGACCUCGUAUUUUCUCUUCUGGUCGGGCUAGAAAUAUUUUUUUAUUAAACUGCGCAUGAAAACAUCUAUAUGUUGAUGUUAAAUGAAUUUUAUUGCAAAUAUAUUUCUGUGUGUAUGCUUUAAAUUUAUUUUCGAUGGAAGAUUGCUAUUUUUUUUAUUGAAAUGAGCGAAAUGUAGAAGAAAAUAAAUACAGGAAUUAUAAGGGAUUAAUUAUUAUUGCAUUUAUCGUAAAAACAAUCAAUGCAGUUUCAUUACACAACCAUUUAUAUUCUUCUUCAUUUUGGUUGCAGAAUUUUGCUGCUCCAUACUAUGCAUGUCUCAACACUAGCAUAAAUAUUGAGUGCACGUAAUUGGCGAUGUAUUAAAUCGAAUUUUUUUAUAUCUUUUCAUGAUAGAAUUUGUUGUUGUUUGACGAUAAAAGUAAACGUUGCAAAAUUGUAUAAAUGGUGUGCAUUGUUUGGUACAAGUAUUCUAAUCGUGCACGUAUAAUUGUUUUUAAAAAGAUUUUGUACGACCAUUUUGGUUCGUUAUUAUUAAGCGAGGAUAUUAUUUAAAUGGACAAAGUGUUUAAAGGUAUUAAGAAACUUUAAACACAAGUAACUUGAAAAAUAUUGAAUUUCUGGCCCAAUAAAAUGGUAUAUUUUCGUAAAGAGUGUCGAAAUGUAACACAGUGUAUGUACAAAGUUUCGAUUACCACAAAGGUCUCGUUCUCUGCUUGUUAGCAUUGGAAUGUGUUAGUUCGAGCAAAGUUCCCCCGUAGAUGCGUCACUUGGUCACUGGGUUAUCCGAUUUUCAGUAUGCACGAGCUCCGAUCGUGCUUAUGUCGAUUCCUCUGCGCUCCCAGCAGCCAUGGAAGUUCCUAAGACACUCACGUUUCGUUUCUUGUUGUCUUUAAAUAUUAUCCCUCCAUCGAUGAGUCAGUCUCUUUGCUUCACAAGUCUUUCAAAAUAGUUUUACGAACCGCCCGACGAUUCUCUUUUGCACGGUAUUCGACGUAGGCGCGAUCUACGCGUUAUAACUUCUUUGAGUAUUUUUACAUUCCAACUCUGCCUCGAUUCGAAUCGUCACUUGGAAGAGCCACGAUUGCAUAUAGAUAAUAUACAUACAUAUUUGCAUAAAUGAAAGCGUUUUACACGUGUGCACUACGAUAAUUUAUUGUUUUGUAUUUUAGAAUAUAGAAAGAGAUAAACUUACUAAUUCAUUAUUAAUUAAAUAUAUUAAAAUAAAAUAUAUAUUAAAUAUAUUACGUCUGUAAUAAAAUAUCAAAACCACAACGGUACAGUUUGGAGAAUAUAUAAACGAAAAAUAAUUAUCAUCAACGCGCCAGGAAUCCCUUGGCACGUUGUUUAGAUAUUUGAAUGUAACAAAUGUUCACAUCGUGGGUGAUUGUUUAUUUUCGAGUCAGCAAAUUGCAUGAAAAUUUUCAUUAGAUACAUAAUUUUCUGUCUUUUGUGCCCAUUAUAAUUAUACACUAUUACAUAGCGAAUAAGGUGUAAAUGUUUCUCAAUUGUUUAUUGGCCGACGCAAAUAUUUUAUUUUUCUUCGGAAAUGUUCAAUGCGUAACGAGAUACAAGAGCUCUCGAAACUUCAAAGAGACAGUUGCAAAAUGUAUGAUUAUCCUCUAAAUCUAGGAAUAGGAAUUAACUGAUCCAGGACAGAACUAAAAUAGAAACUUUACUAUCAUUGUUAGCGAUUUAUAGAACUCUUCUAUGAUCUGAGCUGAAGGAUGUAAGAAAAUAAUAAUUUUAUGCAUAGAUUGCAUUCAUUUUAAGUUUACUUUUAUAUCUUUUAUUAUAUUGUUUUUUUAUAUUUUUAAUUAUGUAGAUAGUUGUCGAUCUUGAUACGUUGCAAUAAAUUCCAAAUUUAUAUUUUUAUC